AUCGAGGCAGCUGAGUUACAUUAGACCAGACAAAUUAUUGAUCCCCUUCAUGGUGCAGGAAGGCCGGAAGCCUCUGGGGAAUGCACUGUAUACGUGAGCUCUUCGUCCUUUCUCUGUCCUCACAUCCUUCCUCAUCUCAUCUUCUUCAUCACCUUCUUCACCCUCCACUCUUCUCUCACCUCCUCUCCCACCCCACCCCCUUUUUUCUGUGCAUCUCCCCCUUGUCUCCUCUCUCUCCAUAUAUUUCAGCUUGUCUCUAUAAGCUUGCGGUCGCCCGGUAAAAGCAAAGGGAAUGACUGGGGCUCACGGGAUGCAAGAGUUAAAAUACUCCAGGGGUGGAGCUACACUUGUGAUUUCAAUGGAUUGUUUGAAUUGGCUUUCUGAAAGAAAAUGCAGUGAUAAAGGAUUAAAGAAAAGGGAUGAAGAGCUCCAUUUGUGGAUAUCCUCAGCUCAGAUGACACAGGCUGAUGAGGAGCGACAUCCGGUUACCUGCUUCUGUAUCCUGGAACAAAAAGAAAGUUCAACCCUUAAGUCAUGGAGGAACACUGAUUGCAAAUCAUCUUCCCUCUGCCUGUCUCCUCAACACUGUUGCCUCCUGAAGAAGCGUAUCCACCAGUCGACAUUUACUUCCAUGCAUCCUUUUGUUACAGAUUUUCCGAAGGAGGUCGCUUGGACAAAACUUAUUUUAAAUAUGCGGGACAUUGUCGGUUUGAUCACAAAGUAUUUAAACAUGGCAACCCAGCAAGAUACUGUCACAGUACACCCCAGUAAGAACUGUGUUAUGUUCUAUGAUGACUUUAUACCAGCGCAACUUUUUAGUGAUCUAUACUUCACUCAGAAUUGUAGGAUUUUCUUAGGUCACACUGGUUCUCAUACCAAUGAUAACAACAAUGUGUCAGCUGAUUCAAAAUACUCCCCAACUUACCGCCACUUUGGUCCCAACACAGACUCGGAGGAUCACAGUGAAACGGACAUCAGAGACAAUGUAAUCCUCAGAAGUCUUUUGAAAUCCUGUCAAUGCUACAAUAAUUUAGGAGAAUCAUCAGGAAGACGUAGAAAAAUGAAGCUGAGGAAGAGUGUGUCCUUUGAUGAUGAUGUCAUGGUCUACUUGUUUGAUAAGGAAAGUCCCACUCUGAAGCUGCACUCUGAGCCCUGCACAUCUUUGCCAAGCAGCAAUUCCUGCAACCUGCCAGCUGUCACAUUGGACAAUGGCUUGGAGUGGGAAGAUGACUUCUCGGCUUUGGAGAAGAACUGCCAUUUUCAGCAAUCCAUGCCAAAACAGAGCUGGACCCCUCUGGCCAGGACAGAGCGCUGCAGUCUGUCCCAAAAAUGCCUGUUCCUCACAUAUGUCACUGAGUCAGACCUUGAGCUGUGAGAUAAAGGCCAGCCUUGGUCUAAUGGAAAAAAUGACUAACCGUCCAGAUCUUCACCUCUAACUCAUCUCCCCUACCUCCCUCCUCCCUUUUAUGAUGAGUCAGGGAUUUUAAUGGCUUUUUUUCUCCAUCCCAGCUCCAAAUGGAUUCAAAGCACUCGUCGUUCAUGACAUCACAGCCAAGCAGGAGUGUGUGACAGUGCGUGCAGCUUCCGCAGUCGAUGACACGGUCUCUGGCUGUGAUGUGGUAAAACAGCCUGUUGCAUAACAGUGCUAGUACCUUUUCAGCUGCAAGCCACUUUGGAACCUACUUUUUACGCCAGGCUGUGUCCUUGGAGCAGAGCUGGGGAAAUAGAAACAUAAGUGUUGUCAACUCAAAUUUAGAAGAGUGUAAUGAACCAACGUCUGUUUUCUGUUAAGUUGCUGUACCAGAAAUUACAGGUUAUUCUUGGUAAUUAGAAACAAAGAGUAUAGGUUGUUUAUCCAGUUUGUUGUUGCUCAAAUAUAGCAUGCUUGUGGAGGCCCUGUUUGCCUGCUUCAUUACUAAAGUGUGUUCAGCUUAGAAUUUAUCAGCAGCUGUGACAAAAUAAACAGUGUAAGCCUUAGGGCCAAUGGAGGCAGUAACUGAGCAAACUAAAAGUAAAAGAUAAUGUUUCCACAGAGCCAGCACCAGCGAGGUUUGGUUGAUUAGAUACAAUGUACCUGAAGAGGAAAGGAAAGCUGGCAGGACCUGUCUUAGUGUUCACAAGGCCACACACACACACACACACACACACACACACACACACACACACACACACACACACACACACACACACACACACACACACACACACACUAACCUAACCUUAAACCAUGCCUUCACCCCAAAAUGUAAUUAUUUGUUUUAUGGGAACGAUUUUUGUCCCAAAAAAGUGGCGAGUCCCCAAGAUGUGACUGUUUAAACAGACUUAUGUUCCCACAAUGCACUUAAUACAAGUAUACAAAUAUACGAGUACACUUACACACACACACACUUACACACACACACACACACACACAGACAAGCUGUUCAAGGACAUCAAAACUAAAAGCCACAAGUGUUUGCUUUCUAAGACCUGGGAGCGCCACAUCUGUACAUUAUUGUGUUUGUGAUUUCCUAACUCCGUGCUAAUGCUGCGCAUAGCCAAAUUACACUCAUGUUGUUUGACUCCAGUCUUAAAAUACCUCAUGGUAAUGUCCUGUUUGCAAUUUAUACUACCAUUAAGGUUAUUUUUGUGAGUGUCUGUCUUUUUCUGAGUUUUUUUUUUAAAGUUUACAGAUUUGUUCUGUUUCCUUACAGCUAACGUGUCCCUGUGCUUUAAACUUUGCAACAGUGUUUAUAGUAGAAUAUCAAUUUUUAUUUUUUUGUGAUACUGUCUGUUUUGGCAGCAAUAGAGCAAGGCAAAAAUACUGAUUCUCAAACACUGUUUUGCCAAUUUAAGAACGCACGUAAAUGCUUUUAUGGUGUUUUAUGUAUAUUUUUGUAAAGCUGUGCUCCUUUCUGCUAGCUUACUUGUUGCGCCUCCCACGACUGUCAGCAUGGCUCCUGAACUUAAAGAUUUUAGUAUGAAAAAGUUUCAAAUGAACUUUAGAGAACAGUUUUGGAACAUUUAUUGUUAAUUACAAAAGUCACAGAUUUAGAAAUACGUGUAAAAAUAAUGUAGGCGUUUAUGAAAUAACCACUGCUUACGCUUUAAACAGACAUAACCGUGCAUUGUUACUGAGGACCAACAGGGGGCGCUCUUCGGGUUGCAAAAAGAAGUCGCAUUGUAUGGAUAUCAAUGAGAAAAUUUCUUACUGGAUUUGUUACCUCAGUUAACAUUUUCCUAUUUAGUUUAGUCAAAAUGAUAGCUAAAGGAAGACGAAUUAUUGGCCAGUAGUCUGAUCAACUAUAAGACAUGCUGUGGCACAUAAUGUAACUAAUGAAUGCAAGUAUAUGUUACUGUCAGCUGACACCCUUCUGUUUACUGUCUAACACAGUAGAAAAGCGUAAUAAUCCCAACUGCCAACAAUUGUAUUGGGCCACCAGGUCAAAUGGGAUUACUGCAGAUAACACACCCAUGUGGAGAAGAGGCGAUUACUCAGAAAGGGUAAUUGUUCUAUUAUAUCACUUUUUGUUUGGCAUAUUUGAUUAGUUAUAGCUGUGUGGGGAUGUUCAUCAGAUUUAUCAAUCUCUCAUUACACAAGUUAUACAGAACAAAUAUUUAAUAAUGCUCGGUGGUCUGGUAAAAAGUAAAUAUCGUGGCAUAGUUUAAAUGAGACCUGCUUCUGCUUCUGUGCUUUCAGGUGUAGCCUGGAGGACUGUAUUCAAAUGAAGCAGUGGAAAGUGAUAAGCCACAAUGGAAAUUAUGUUAACUGUUCAGAACAACUUCACUGCUUACAGUUGGACAAAAAAUUCAGAUCACAUCCUCUGCUUCACAGUGAAGUAAGAUGUUCACCUACAUUCAACAUUAGCUGACGCUGACACUUCAGAGAGUCAUAGGUGUCUUGGUGGCCACCCUGAGUAGUCUCCUUACUGAAUAGUUGAUCAGUUUUCGAAGGUGGCCUGCUCUAGGUAGAUUUAUGCAUGUCACAUUCCUUUCAUUUCUUAAUUGCACUCUAUGGGAUAUAAAGUGACUUGGAAAUGUUCUUGUAUCCAUCCCCUGACUUAAUGCUGGCACAGUCACCACACACUGUCGCUAGAAGGUCCCCGGUCCGUGUCCCGGCCUGGGCCUGGGUACUUUCUGUGUGGAGUUUGCGUGUUCUCCUUGUGCAUCAUGGAUUUUUUUCUGGGUUCUCAGACUUCCUCCCACAGUCCAAAAACAUGCUCAGGUUAAUUGAUCAUUCAAAAUUGCCUGCAGGUGUGAAUGCGACUGCGCUUGUUUGUCUGCAUAUGUAGCCCUGUGAUAAACUGGUGACCUGUCCAGGGUGUCCCCUGCCUUCACCCUGUCAGCCACCGUUACCCUACAGAGGAUUAAGUGCUGUAUAGAUAAUGCAUGGAUGGAUGAAGCGUUGUGUUGUCUUCAUGUUGUAGUUAUUUCCAGGAGUACUUCAUCUGUAACUGGAUCUUCCAGACACAGGUGUCUCUUUACUACCAUAAUUAGACACAUUUAUUGCACUCAGGUGAUCUUCAUUUUGGUAAUUGUGUGACUUCUAACACCAACUGGCUGAACCUGUUUGGAAUUCAGUGACUCACUUUAUAGGAGGUGAAUGCUUACGCAAUCAGUCAUUUUGUUUUUUUAAAAUAAUGAAUGAAUGCUAUUAUUAAUGAAUUUACUUUGAAUAAGCCUGUUUUCACUUUAACAUGAAAGAGUCUUUUUUUUCCCUGUAAAUUGCUGUCAAAAGCAAAUUAAAUUCCCUGUUCCAAAGUUGAAAAGCAAUUAAAGGGGAAAACGUCCCCAAUAGGAUGAAUACUUUUUAUUGACAAAGGCACUAAACAAUUUUUUCUUGGACAUAGCGACUUUUUGCACAAAAAUAAACAAACAAAGCUGCUGUCAUCAUGCUGCAGCAGGUAUUAGGUCGGUGUGGUUGUUGCAGUGCAGGGUGAAGCAGCAGCAGUCUGAGUGCAGAGCUGCAGGCAGAGGUCUGGCUCUCUGAUUGGCUGAGCAGCGCUACGUGGACAUCAGUCAGCCGCAGGUAGUUCACAUGUGACGCUUAUCUGCGUGUGUCCGCUGCACGGCGACGCUGCUGCUCUGUCCGCUGAUGUUUAAUGGACUUUAUGGCGCUUUUAAUGAGCGGCUGCACGGUGUGGCUUUUUCCGUAAGCACCCAGAAGGAGCAAAUUUAAGUUUAACUUCCAAGGUAAGGCUUUUUAUUAAAUCCACUCCGCUCUGUUUAUUUCACUUUCAAAUCAUGUGUAUCGUCUACUGCUGUGAAUGAGUUUGACUUUUGCCUGUUCAUCUCGAUGGAGUGAUUAAACUGAGGCUGGAAACUAAAGAGGGUGUGUGAUGGAGAGGUUUUACUGUGCGAACUAAUCUAUGUAAACCAGCUUUAUCUUGCAGUUUUUACUACUAGAAUAUUAGAUAAUAGGGUUUAUAAACAUGCCUACUGUUUGUUAAUGCACAACUAAAACUAAAAAGCAUAUAGUAACCACUUAAGUAAGUUAAUGUUCUAAUAAAUUAGUCUUAAUGUACUUUUUGAAAACAGCUUAUUUACUGUUUAAAGUGGGAACUCUGGGAGCAUAUUAGCCACUUGUGGCUGCUGAGAGCUGGCUCUGUUUUUGUGAGUGUAACCUUGAAAUGGGCAUUAUCUCAGACCUGUAGGGAUAAGAGAGGCGUAGAUUACCAGACCAACAUCAUGGAGUUUUCACACUGCAAGAGGCCGAUUAGAUACAACAGGAUGCGAAGCUGUUUGAAUUGGAGAGAGGCUGAGAGGAAAACAGUUUACAAUUUAAAAAGCCACUUCAGUUCAGCUUCUUUUCUUUAACAUUUCUUUCUUUUCUUCCAGGAUUAUUGAAGUUGUAAGCUCUAAACUGUCAGAAGGAGUGAAAGAGUUGAGGGGAAGCAGCAGGAUGAAGUCCAAAGGGAAGGCUGUGAAAGCAUCCAGGAGGACCUGGUCAGACCCGGAUCCAGAACUAGAACCGGACACAGAAGCAGAACCGGGCUCCAGUGAGCAGGAGGGCUCGGAGGCCUCGGUCCGCAUCGGUGGCUCCUGGAGGGGCUCGCUGAGGAGCGGCGGUGGGAAACGACAAGGAGGAGGAGGAGGCCGUAGGCGCAGACAGUAUGGCUCCAGCACCAAAGAACGCAGCAUCCGGAGGCUGGAGAGCAACGAGCGGGAACGCCAGCGCAUGCACAAACUCAACAACGCCUUCCAAGCGUUGCGCGAGGCCAUCCCACACGUGAAGACUGACAAGAAGCUGUCCAAGAUCGAGACACUGACGCUGGCUAAGAAUUACAUCAAAGCUUUGACCACCAUCAUCCUGGACGUGUCGGGGGCCUGCCUGCCUGCCGAUGGGGUCCCUUCAGAGGCCAGCGCCGCCAAGCUGCUCCAGUGCUACCAGCAGCACCUGGAGGAGGAGGGGGAGGAAGGCCUCACCCAGUACCUCACCCACAUGCAGAGCUUAGGUCAGCACAGCUAGCAGUAGGAUUCUGAGGUGGUUUGGAGACCAGGAGAGCCACCAGUAGGACAGUCUCCAAGGCAGACAGGUGUGAGGAUGGACCUAAUCACAAACUAUAUCUGUUUCCCACACUCGCACUGCUCUGGGAUCUGUUCAGCGGAGUAGGAACUGGAUGCUGUUCCAGAUCAGACAUGAUAAACUUAUGCUUGAAUAGAGCAAGAGAUGCACUGUCUAGAACUUGCUCUUCAGGACCAUUCACAAAGACUGCAGACCAGACAGUGAAACGGUUACAAAAAGUGAAAAGACUCUGUUAUUGUACUCAGAAAAAGAAGGGCUCAUCUUUUGCCGCUUUCUUUUUAUUUCUCAUGGUUGAAGCCGGGGAAGGAACUUGUUCUCUUUUGUGUUAUCUUGUGAUCUUCUCGUGUGUUUUCUGUUGAGAAACCUGCUGAGCGUAGCCUCUAGUCAUAACUGUCACAGGAAAAAAAAAAAAAAAGACAA